AUGUCAUACGGUCCGCCUCACGGCCAACCUCCCUAUGGAGGAUACCCCCCGCAAGGGCCGGGUUACGGUUCUCCCUAUCCCCCGCCACAAGGUCCACCCCAGGGAGGACAUCCCCCUCCUCAAGGGGGAUUUGGUGGCCCUCCGCAACAUUUUGGAGGGCCGCAAGGAGGAUAUGGCCCUCCUCCUCCUCACGGUCAGUAUCCUAUGAGCGGACCACCCCCUGCGCAUAGUGGCUACGGUCCCCACGGUGGGUUUCCGCCGCCACAGCAAUAUGGUCCCCCUCCGAUGCCCUCUCCCGGAUACGACCCGCGAGCACAAGCGCAAGGUGAUGCAUCACGCGAUGCGGAUGCUCUGCGUGCCGCGAUGAAAGGCUUCGGCACCAAUGAAAAUGCUCUCAUCCAAAUCCUCUCCAAACCCGACCCGUUACAAAUUGCCCUCCUCAGAAACACAUAUAAUCAAAGACAUCGUCGCAACUUAGAACAAGAUAUCAAAUCUGAAACAUCCAAAUACCUCCGCGAUGGUCUCGUCGCAAUUGUACGAGGCCCGCUCAUGGAUGAUGUACAUAACGUCCACGAUGCGAUCAAGGGUCUGGGGACCAAAGAAUCGGUCCUCAAUGAUGUCUUGCUGGGUCGUUCUAAUGCAGACAUGCGCGCCAUAAAACAAGCAUACUACGAAACAUACAAACGCAGUCUCGAGGCGGAUGUGAAGGGCGACUUGUCGCUCAAGACCGAAACGCUAUUCAGCAUGGUCUUGGCCGCAACGCGCAACGAGGAAUCUGCACCUGUGAUACCUACCGAACUCGAGCGCGAUUGCACAGAACUCCAUCGCGCAAUGGACGCCCGGAUAGGAACGGAUCAAAUCACCGUCUGCGGCAUUCUCUCGAAUCGAAGCGACGGCCAGAUACGUGCCAUCGCCCACCAUUGGCAGCAGAAAUACCACAGCGGCCUGGAGAAGGUGAUCGACUCGGAGUUCUCGGGACACAUGAAGGAUGCGCUCCUCCUGAUGGUACGCCGGGCAUCGGAUCGCGCCAUGUCGGACGCCACUCAGUUGGAAGACGCCAUGACUGGGUUUGGCACCAAGGACACGCUACUCGUCCAACGGGUCGUCCGCGUGCAUUGGGAUCGAAUGCACAUGGACCAAGUCAAGCGCGCGUAUGCCCAUCGCUACAAGAAGGAUUUGAUCCAGAGAGUGAAAGGAGAGAUUCAUUCCGACAAAUAUUACGAGGGGUUGAUGGUUGCAUGUUUGUCUUGA